AUGCCGGAAGCUGCAGCAAUCCCCAUCAUCGACAUCUCCGCCGAGGAAGCAGACCAGGCACAGGUCGCAAAGGAGCUGCUCUUCUCAUGGACCAGAGUAGCCGCGGCGGUCGAAUAUGGCUUCAUCUACAUAAAGAAUUCCGGGCGGGACAUCUCAGUCGAGCAGAUAGAGAAUGCAUUCAACCUGUCACGAACGCUCUUCAGCUCUCCGCUCGAAGACAAGCAACGAUGCAAGAUCGAGAAGAACAACCGCGGCUGGUCGGGCAUGCACACCGAGACGCUGGACCCCGAGACGCAGCGAGUCGGAGAUUUCAAAGAAGGCUUCAACUUCGGCCCCUUCGCCGGCAGCAAAGCCACCCAGCCCAUCCCCGCGAGCAUCGAGCCUCACCAAGCCGAGCUCGCCGCCUUCCGCUUCGCCUGCCAUAGUCUCUGCCGCAAACUCCUCCUCCUCUUCGGCAUCGGGCUCGGCGUGUCGCCGCCAGACUUCUUCAGCACCGCCCACGCGCCCGAGAAGCCCUCAGGCUCCAUCCUGCGCUUCCUCUAUUACCCGCCCCCCAGCAGCACCCCCACCGCCCGACCCGACCAGGACGUCCGCGCCGGCGCGCACUCCGACUACGGCUCCAUAACCCUGCUCUUCCGGCUGCGCGGCCAGGCCGGCCUGGAGAUCCUUAAGACGCCCUCUUCCCCCUCUCCCCCCGAGUGGGCGCCCGUGCCCGUGUGUCCGCCCGGCACGGAAGCCGACCCCGCAUCGCCCAUCCUGGUCAACAUCGGGGACCUGCUCUCGUACUGGACGAACGGGCUGCUGCGCAGCACCGUGCACCGCGUGUCGUUUGCCGGCUCCGAUUCUAACUCUGAUUCUAGCUCGACGACCACCCCCAAUAGCGAGUCCUCCACCGACCCGCGCUACUCCCUCGUCUACUUCUGCCACCCGGCCGACGACACGCCCCUCAGCGCCGUGCCGAGCGAGCGCGUGCGCAGCUUCAACGGCGGCGACUUGGCGGACGCGGACGCCAAAACCAAAAACCCGUACGCCGAGCGCAAGGUCCUGACUGCGAACGAGCACUUGCAGAUGCGGCUACGGGCGAGCUACUUGGAGCUGUACGACAGGGAGGACAGGGAGAAGAAGUAG